GUUGUUGGGCAAGUGCUGGACCUAUGUUUGGCCAUAAAGAUUUAGCAUUUAAUGAUGAGGUCUUUGGUCGUGCAUCAGCUCUUAUUAUCUCAAUGUUGGUUUCGAUAGGUGCCAAAUUUGAAACUAAUUUUGACUUUUGUAAAAUUUUUUCUGCAGUUUCGACGGCAAAAGCCAUCAAAUCCUUUGAUAUUAAAAUGAGAUUUUCAAUUAUUCCCAAAGUGAAAAUCUCUUCGAGUGCGUCCUUUUGA